AAUGAAAAAAUAAUUAAGAUUAGCCAAUUAGAAUAUUAAUAAUUAGAACAAAAAAAAAUGACUACUCCUGAUAUCACUUUUUACACUGCUGUAACUCCUAAUGCGAUAAAAGUAAGCAUCGUCCUUGAAGAAUUAGAAAUUCCUUAUAAAGUAAGAGAACUUUCUUUUAAAGAUGAAGAACAAAAACAGCCUUGGUUUUUAAAAAUCAAUCCGAAUGCCAAAGUUCCUGCUAUUACUGAUCAUAGUAGAGGAAAUUUUCACGUAUUUGAAAGUGGCGCGAUUAUGAUCUAUCUUUGUGAACAUUAUGAUCCCGAAGGAAAAUUAUUGCCAAAAGAUCCUGAUUUAAGAAGUCAAGUUAUUCAAUGGGUUAUGUUUCAAAUGGGAGGUCUUGGGCCUAUGCAAGGACAAGCUAUACACUUCAAUAGGUACGCACCAGAAAAAAUUCCAUACGCUAUUAAACGAUAUACUGAUGAAACCAUAAGACUUUGUUCCGUUUUGAAUAGUGCUCUGGAAGGUAAAGAAUAUUUGGUAGGAAACAAAUUUACUUUAGCGGAUGCUAUAAGUUUCCCGUGGGUCAGAGCACAUGCUUUUUCUGGAAUAGAAAGUAUCGAUGAAUUUCCAAAUUUAAAAGCUUGGGUUGCACGUAUUAGUGCAAGACCUGCUGUUCAAAAAGGUUUAAAUGUACCCGUUCCUGAUAAACUUCAAGAAUUGAUGGAUAAUCCUGAAAUAUUGGAUGAAUUUAUUAAACAUGUUCGAAGUAUAUUUAAAUGGAACUCAACAGAUGAGAAAUAGGUUAUACUGUAUAUACAGAGGGAGGCCGAAAUUACCCGGCCACUUUUUUUUGCAUGUUGAUAUGUAUAUAAAAAAAAUAUAAUUUUGUAUUGAUAAUUACAAUAAACAAAUUUUCC